AUGGCAGACAGAAGGAGCAUGUACCGACUGAACGGUGUUGCGCAUAUUGCCGGUUCCAUCGAUGACGAGCCCACUAGGUGUAUAUACAGUGUGAGACGGCAACAGAAUAUGCCGAUGCAUGAUAGGAUCAUUCCGUAUUUAGAGAGGGCUGGAUUGUAUCAUUUGGCCAGGCUAAACAGCCAAUGGUUCUGGUUGGAUGAGCCAUUGGUUAGUGUGUUCGUUGAGAGGUGGCGUCCUGAGACGCACACGUUCCACAUGCCUUUUGGAGAGUGCACAGUGACAUUGCAGGACGUGGCUUUUCAGCUUGGGUUGCCUGUCGAUGGGGAGGCUGUGAGUGGUUGCCUUGGUGAGUUUGAGACAUACAUGCAGGGUGGUCGACCAGCCUGGGACUGGUUUCAGGACCUAUUCGGUGAGCUGCCACCACCGAAUAAGGUCAAGCAGAUGACGGUCCACUUUACAUGGUUCCACGAGAGGUUUAGUGUGCUACCACCAGAUGCGAACGAGGAGACAGUUCGCAUCUACGCACGUGCCUACAUCAUGAUGCUUUUAUCUACUCAGUUAUUUGGGGACAAGAGUGCGAACCGGGUGUGUCCCAUCGAUACUGACGAGUGGCUUACAGUGGCGGAAUGCCUCUACACAUGGAGGGAAUAUCCAAAACAUGCGAUGAAAGUAGACUCUAUCUUCAUCAACCUGGUCACCCACUCUAACCGGGGAGGUCUUCAGCAGGGCAAUGGAACCGUCCAUGGUGGAUGUCACCCCAAGGAUCCAUCGGGGCAGAUCCACAUAUGA